ACUUCCUCCCACUUCCCCAAGGUCCCCGAAAUGAACGGCCCUGAGCAUCUCUUCCCCCAUCCCUGGAUCUCCGGGUCUUUUUCCCUUCUUAACUAGAGUUCUCAGCCCACACGCGCUCUCUCUCUCAGUCUCCAGCAGGUGGAGUUCUCCUGUUGCCGCCGGAAAUAAGCCGAAUCACGUUUCAUCGGGACCCGUCUCCCAAGUCCCAGGUUUGCUUCUUGCUCUGAUUACCCUCUAUCUGUUCUGAUAACCCAUCUCUCUCUCUCUUCCCACUAUGCCCUCCGCCACUGCACUAUGCCCUCCCCGUCCCCAUCUCUUCCUCUCUCCGUGGACCUCUAGGGUCCUCUCCUUGCAUCCGCAGAGCUCCCAGCUCAAACGCGCUCUCACUCUCAGCCCCCCCUUUCGCCGGGGGAGUUCAGCUGUUGCUACCGGAAAAAAGCCAAAUCUCGUUUCGCCUGAACCAGUCUCCCAAACCCCAGAUGAUGAAACUGGUGCUGUCCGUGAACGUGUUGAAAGGUUGGAUUUGGGCUGGCUGCCGGCAUUCCCGCAUGUUUUCACAGCAUCCAUGACGAAUUUCCUCUUUGGGUAUCAUAUCGGGGUUAUGAAUGGUCCAAUACAAGCUAUAGCGCAAGAGCUUGGUUUUGAUGGAAAUUCCUUUAUUGAAGGUCUAGUGGUGAGCAUAUUUAUAGCUGGUGCUUUUAUUGGAAGCAUUAGCUCUUCUGCUCUGAUUGAUAAAUUGGGCUGUCGGCGCACACUUCAGAUUGAUACAAUACCCUUAAUUCUUGGGGCUAUUUUAAGUGCGCAAGCUCAUUCUGUUGACGAAAUGCUUCUGGGGAGGUUUCUUGUCGGGCUUGGCAUUGGUGUAAAUACCGUGCUUGUUCCUAUUUAUAUCUCUGAGGUUUCUCCAACAAAAUAUAGAGGUUCAUUGGGAACAACAUCUCAAAUUGGCACAUGUUUAGGAAUAAUUGCAUCACUCUGUUUAGGAAUUUCUUCUGAAGGUGAUCCACAUUGGUGGAGGGCAAUGCUCUAUCUUGCGAGUGUUCCUGCUUUUAUCCUUCUUUUUGGCAUGCGGUUUGCUGUUGAAAGCCCUAGAUGGCUAUGUAAAGUAGGAAGAGUUGCUGAUGCUAAGAAAGUAAUUGGCAGCAUUUGGAGUGAUUCAGACAUUGAGAGAUCUAUUGAAGAAAUUCAAGCUGUUAUUACCAAUGAUAGUCGAGAUUUGGGGAGUAGCUGGGUCGAACUCUUUGUGGAGCCUCACAAAAGAGUUGCUUUUAUUGGAGGAUCUCUCUUCAUUCUGCAACAAUUUUCUGGAAUUAAUGGAGUUCUCUACUUUUCCUCGCUGACCUUUCAUGAUGUGGGGAUAACAAAUGGUGCUUUAGGAAGCUUAUUUGUUGGAAUUACAAACUUUGCAGGUGCAUUGUGUGCUUUAUACCUGAUGGAUAAGCAAGGUCGGUUGAGACUUUUAACUGGGAGCUACUUGGGAAUGGCAAUUUCAAUGCUCAUCAUAGUUUGUGUGAUUAAUUCUCCAAUCGAUGAGGAGCUUAGUCACAACUUAUCAAUACUUGGAACUAUCAUUUAUAUAUUCACAUUUGCAAUAGGUGCUGGUCCAGUUACUGGUAUAAUCAUACCCGAGCUUAGCAGUACCCAUGUACGGGCAAGAAUCAUGAGCUUUAGCUUCUCUGUUCAUUGGAUUUGCAACUUUAUGGUGGGAUUAUUUUUCCUGGAAUUAGUGGACAUAUUUGGAGUAGGACCUGUCUAUGCGACCUUUGGAGGGGUGUCAUUCUUGGCGGCAAUUUUUGCAAUAUACUUCAUAGUGGAAACAAAAGGGCGAUCUCUUGAGGAAAUAGAAUUGUCCUUGAACUCAAGUCUCUUCAGAAAGGAUGAGUAAAAUGUUUCAAUAUUUAAUACAGUGCAUGGCAUGCUUACCUACAUUGGGACUGCAACUUUGACAAGUUUUGCUGGGCACUGGAUAAAUUUCACACAUAUCAAUGGGAAACUUAACGAGGCCUAUAAAAUUUCCGGGCAAUAUCUGAAUCCAGAGAGAAGCUUGAGCCGAUGAAACACUAGUGAAGAAAUGGGUUGCAAGAAUGUAUAUAUAUAUCUCAAUUUUGGGAGUUGUGGUUAUGGAAGUAACUUUUCUUAUGAAUUGCACUCGACCUCCUCUAUUUUCUCGUUGCAUUUCUUUACCAGGCUGGCAAACUGUUAUUUUCUCAUUCAUUGAUAACUAAACAACAGACCUUUUUUGUUUUCCUUUUUUUGUUUUCCUUUUUUUUUUUUGGGUAAAAAUGCCCUUUAGUCUUUAAAUAAGUAAUAGUUUUUGCCUUUUUAUC